AGAAGAAGAUCGCUUUCACGCGGACAUGGAAAACAAGAUGGCGGAUUGCUGCAGCCCCACUUUUUCCACAACCAAAAGGCCGAGUUAAAACUUCUCUUGGACUUAGACUUUUAGCGAACUCGAUUUUUGUCAUUCUGGUCGGACACAUGAGAGGCAUCUGCUGUCUGUAACUGAUUAUUUAAUGAUGGCAUAUGGUUCUACGCUAAUGGGUUCUUGAAAUUGCGGCAGACGGAGGCAGAUUUUGGACAGUUUCACCGGGACGGUCACCUGUGACUCCAGCAUGGCGGCAGCGUCAUAUGACCAACUGCUGAAACAGGUGGAGGUGUUGAAGAUGGAGAACUCAAACCUCAGACAGGAACUGCAAGACAAUUCCAACCACCUGACAAAGCUGGAGUCGGAGGCCUCCAACAUGAAGGAAGUGCUGAAGCAGCUCCAGGGCACCAUAGAGGAAGAGUCUGGUGAGGCAUCAGGAUCUCAGUUGGAGUUGAUUGAGCGACUAAAAGAGAUGAGCCUGGACUCUGCUGGCUUUAAGACCAGGUCGAGGCCUCCUCUGCCCUCCUCAUCCUCAUCUAGCUCAGCCUCCUCGGGUUCUGUAGCUCCUGGAGGAGCAGCUGGAACCUCUGGAGCUCAAGGACCAAGUAUGUCCACUGCUUUCCCCAGAAAAGGGCUGCCACCUGCAGCCAGAGCUGGUCACGACCACUGCCUGGAGGAGCUGGAGAAGGAAAGGUCUCUCCUAUUGGCUGAGCUAGAGAAGGAGGAGAAGGAGAAGGACUGGUAUUAUGCUCAACUGCAGAAUCUCACCAAGAGGAUUGACAGUCUUCCACUGACUGAAAAUUUCACUUUGCAGACAGACAUGAGUCGGCGGCAGCUGGAAUUUGAAGCUCGCCAGAUCCGGUCAGCGAUGGAGGAACAACUUGGCUCUUGCCAGGAAAUGGAGAGAAGAGCACAGGCACGCGUGUCUCGCAUUCAGCAGAUCGAGAAAGACAUCCUGAGACUGGGAUCCCACCUACAGGUAGAAGGAGCUCAGGGUUCAAGUGACAAUGGUGGUUUGGCUGGUGUUCAGAGCACCACCAGCCGAUUGGACCAUGAGCCUUCUUCUGAAACCGGCUACUCUGUGCCCCGACGAAUCACUAGCCACCUUGGAACGAAGGUGGAGAUGGUGUACAGUCUGCUGUCCAUGCUGGGCACCCACGAUAAGGACGACAUGUCUCGGACACUGCUCGCCAUGUCCAGUUCUCAGGACUCAUGCAUCGCCAUGCGUCAGUCUGGAUGCUUGCCGCUACUCAUCCAGUUGCUUCAUGGCAAUGACAAAGAUUCUUUGUUGUUGGGUAACUCCCGUGGUAGUAAGGAGGCUCGUGCGCGGGCCUCGGCAGCACUGCACAACAUUGUGCACAGUCAGCCAGACGAUAAGAGGGGGCGGCGCGAGAUAAGAGUCCUGCACCUGUUGGAGCAGGUGCGUCACUACUGUGAAGCUUGUUGGAGCUGGCAAGAAAACCACGAAAGGGGCGUCGAUCAGGAGGGCAACCCCAUGCCGUCUCCGGUGGAGCAUCAGAUCUGUCCAGCCGUCUGUGUCCUCAUGAAACUUUCCUUUGACGAAGAACACAGACACGCCAUGAACGAACUUGGUGGGUUGCAGGCAGUGGCAGAGCUGCUACAGGUGGACUGUGAGAUGUUCGGCCUCAGCAGCGAUCAUUACAGCGUCACUCUGCGGCGGUACGCUGGCAUGGCGCUAACCAACCUCACCUUUGGAGAUGUGGCCAAUAAGGCUACGUUGUGCUCUAUGAAGGGCUGCAUGAGGGCGAUGGUUGCCCAGCUGAAGUCUGAGAGUGAAGACCUGCAGCAGGUGAUAGCUAGUGUUCUGAGGAACUUGUCAUGGCGAGCUGAUGUCAACAGUAAGAAGACACUGCGUGAGGUUGGCAGUGUACGAGCACUGAUGGGCUGUGCUCUUGAUGUCCAAAAGGAGUCAACUCUGAAAUCUGUACUGAGUGCACUAUGGAACUUGUCAGCCCACUGCACUGAGAACAAAGCAGACAUCUGCACAGUGGAUGGUGCUCUGGCUUUUUUAGUGGGAACAUUGACCCAUCGUAGCCAUAGCAACACGCUUGCCAUCAUAGAAAGUGGUGGUGGCAUCUUGCGCAAUGUUUCCAGCCUUAUUGCUACCAAUGAAGGUCACAGGCAGAUUCUGCGUGAGCAUAGCUGCUUGCCAACUCUUCUGCAGCACUUGAAGUCACACAGUCUGACCAUUGUGUCAAAUGCCUGCGGGACACUGUGGAACCUGUCAGCACGAGAUGCCAAAGACCAGGAGACACUAUGGGAGUUGGGUGCUGUGGGCAUGCUUCGUAACCUCAUUCAUUCACGUCACAAGAUGAUUGCCAUGGGCAGUGCUGCUGCCUUGCGUAACCUGAUGGCCAACCGCCCAGCACGCUAUAAGGACACUAGUGUGGUGUCGCCAGGUGCUGGUGCCCCAUCACUGCAUGCGCGCAAACAGAAGGCGUUAUUUGAGGAGUUGGAUGCACAGCAGCUGUCUGAAACCUUUGACAAUAUUGACAACCUGAGUCCCAAGGCAGCACACAGGAAAGGACGAGGCUGUAAUGGGUCUGGAGCGGGUGGGGCCACAACUCGUCCUUUUGCUAACACACCAGUUCUGUCCAGCCCUAAGAAUGGUGACGGAUCAAAGAGAAUGACGGACGACACUGCACAUGCAAGACCGGUAUUCCCACCUAGUGUCCGGGCCUCCAGCGACAGCCUAAACAGUGUGACAAGUGCUGAUGGCUACGGCAAUCGUGGCAAAACCAAGCCUUCAUCAGAACCGUUUUACUCAUCAGAUGAAAACGCUGCUAACAAGUGCUGUGUCUACAGGAAGUACCCAGCAGACCUGGCUCAUAAAAUCCGCAGUGCAAACCACAUGGCAGAUGAUGAUGGUGCAGAACUGGACACACCUAUAAACUAUAGCCUGAAGUACUCUGACGAACAGCUAAAUUCUGGAAGACAGAGUCCGACUCACUGUGGCCUUGACAGUGAUGAUGAGCAGGACACAAGGGUGAGGAGGAGGAACAAUGGCAGUGAAUCUACAGUGGGCAAUGGCUGCAUGGCUUCUGUACCUACUCCACGUUAUGUUGUAGUCACAGCAACAUCAAACUACAAUAGCGACUCAACAGGUGAACAGCCGAUUGACUAUAGCCUGAAAUAUUGUGCUGAAGUUUCCCGCAAAGAGUCCACUUCCCCCUCUCUCCCCAAUGUCACAAAUGCCACCGCUGCAAUCAAAAUGCGCCCCCCACCCACCCGGGCUGUGUCAAAAAGCCACCAGGAGUCGACACAGACUUAUUGUGUGGAGGACACACCCAUCUGCUUCUCCAGGGGCAGUUCAUUGUCAUCACUGUCUUCUGAGGAGGAAGACAAUGAUGUCAUGGUGAGGAAAGGGAGAGAGGGAAGGGGUGUUGUUGGCAGCAAUGACUAUCCAACGCUUCCUGUCAGUGAGAAAAAUGCACACGAGCAGCAACAGCACCGGCAGCAAAAGGAGGCAGAGAGUCAAACUGCUGCAACUGCUCCCUCUGCACGAGCACGGCGUGGCCACCACCACAGCCAUGCCCACCAUCAUCACCACCACCAUCAUGUUUCUUCAUCAUCAGGUGCCAGGACACCAAAAAGCCCACCAGAGCAGCCAUAUGCCCAAGAAACUCCGCUGAUGUUCAGCCGCUGUACAUCAGUCAGCUCCCUUGACAGUUUCUCCACCUCCUCCAUUGCUAGCUCUGUGCGCUCCAGCGAGCCAUGCAGUGGUGUGCCAAGUGGUGUGGUUAGUCCCAGUGACCUUCCUGACAGUCCGGGCCAGACCAUGCCACCUAGCCGCUCUAAAACACCACCACUACCCCCAUCUGCUCAAAAGACUACAGAGAAGGAAAAUUCAAAGAACAAGGUUGAGGAGGAGAGCAGCACGGAUGUUUUGCUGCACUUUGCCACAGAGAGCACACCUCAUGGCUUCUCCCGCGCCUCCAGUCUGAGCGCACUCAGUUUGGAUGAGCCCUAUAUCACAGAGGGGAUGAAAAACAAAGAGGCACAGAAAGAAGAAGAGCCAGAGACAGGGAUCAAAGAGAGGAAGGAGGACUCAAAACCAAUCCUUGAUGAAUCCGAUGACGAUGAUGACAUUGAAAUCCUGGAGGCAUGCAUAAACAUGGCAAUGCCCAAGUCAUCACGAAAACCAAAGAAACAGCAACAGGCAGUGCCACGGAAACCCAGCCAACUUCCCGUUUAUAAGCUCCUUCCUCAACACCGUGUCCAGUCGCAGCAGCGGAAAGAUGUGCCACCGCUGCCCGAGGAGGUGCCAAGAGUUUAUUGCGUUGAGGGAACUCCACUGAACUUCUCCACAGCCACCUCUCUGAGUGACCUCACCAUUGAUUCUCCGCCUAAUGAGGAGGUAGCAGUAUCUGUAGCCACACCCACUUCUACCCAGAGGAUGACAGGGAAUCCAGAAGGAGAGAAUGGGGACGACAUCCUUGCUGAGUGCAUUAGUGCCGCCAUGCCCAAAGCCAAGCCCAGAAAACCAACUCGGGCAGCCAGUAAAGAACAUACAGGAGCCCCUCCCCUGCCACCCCCCCUCCCUCCCACAGUUCUGCCCCCUUUUCACCCACAGCAGCAGAAAAAAAAACCAACAUCACCUGUAAAGCCAAUGCCCCAGCGGGCUACAUUUGGCAUCAGCACAUCAACAUCCAAAGCAAAACCAGGGUUUGCCUUUGAUUCACCACGACAUUACACACCCAUUGAGGGCACACCCUGCUGCUUCUCACGUAACGAUUCACUGAGCUCACUUGACUUUGAUGAAGACGAUGGUGGUGGUAACAAAGAUGAAGAUAAGAAAGCAAGAGAAGAAAGCGGGAAGAGGAAGCAUCAAACAGCAGCCGUUUUCCCUCAAACUAAACCAGCAACCAAUCAGAUGGCAGCUGAUGAGAAGCAGAAAUUUGCCAUUGAGGAUACACCUGUCUGUUUCUCCAGGAAUUCAUCACUGAGUUCACUGAGCGACAUUGACCAGGAGAACAACAACAAGGAAUUUGCUCCACCGAUCCUACAAGAGCAAGAUGAAGGCCAAGCUACAAGUCCUCCACCUGCACAGAUGGAGCUGAAAUCCCGUCCCUCUGCAUCCAUUUGCUAUGCCCCGAAAGCAUUUCACGUAGAAGACACACCCGUCUGUUUCUCCAGGAACUCCUCACUCAGCUCGUUAAGCAUAGACUCUGAGGACGAUCUGUUACAAGAGUGCAUCAGUUCUGCUAUGCCAAAGAAGAAGAAGAAAGCUGCAGCCACUGCGUCUACUGUUGCAGCGUCAGUUCCUGUUCUCAAAGCCGAUGACAUUCUAGCUGAAGAGGAGUCUGCAGAGGUGCCCAGAAGCCCUGCCUCUCCUGAUUCUGAGUCGUUUGAUUGGAAAGCAAUCCAGGAAGGCGCCAACUCCAUAGUUAGCAGUCUGAAUGCUGCUGCUGCUGCCUCAUCGCUGUCUCGCCAGCCUUCAUCAGACUCUGACUCAGUCCUAUCCCUGAAGUCUGUUGGCUCACCAUUCCGCUUUCCAACAACCACUCGCAAUGCUGAAGAAAAAGAUGACGGAGCUGAGAAUGAGGAAGUGAAGCGAGGAGCAAGAAUCCUGAAGCCAGGAGAAUGCAGUACACUGGAGGGCAAGAAGAAGGAUGAAGAGGAGGAGGCAAAGGCAGUGCGAGGUGGGAAGAAGAUUUACAGGAGCCUGAUCACUGGUAAACCGCGGUCGGAGCAAGCAGCUAGAGGCCGCAGCAAACCCAGAGCAGCUACUGUUGCCAAAGCUCCAGGAAGUAAUGAUGACAGAGGAGGCGCAUCUUCACGGGACUCUACACCAUCCCGUUCCUCGUCUGCAGCCAGUCAGAAAGUAGGAAAGCUGCCACAGAUGCUGCGCACAGCGUCUCCAGGAAGUGCAUCACCAUCACCAGCUUCCAGACCAGCAAAACAAAGCGUAAUAGCAAGAAGUGGAGGUGGCAUUCCAAGGAGUGAAUCAGCAUCGCGCCUUGGUGGCUCUGUAGCUCCAAAGAAAUCAAAGGCGGAGCCUGAGAAGCCAGCACUGGUCCGACAGUCGACUUUCAUCAAAGAGGCUCCAAGUCCAACACUAAAGAGGAAGCUGGAGGAAUCUGCAGCAGUUGCAGUUGUGCCAUUAGAAUCUCCAUCCAGCCCUGAGACACCACUGCCACAAACCACCAGGAGACAUGACGUAAACCGCUCACAUUCAGAGAGUCCAUCUCGCCAGCAGGAAGUGACAUCGUCGCGGUUUAACCGUACCGGAACCUGGAAGCGUGAGAACAGCAGUGCUGGAGGAGGAAGCAGUGGCGGGAAACACUCAACAUCAUUACCACGUGUAGGCACAUGGAAGCGAACAGGAAGCUCAUCGUCUGUGCUCUCUGCCUCGUCUGAAUCCAGUGAAAAGUGUCGGGGUGAUGAUGACUCUUCUAGGUCAAAGGGCACCUGGAGGAAGGUGAAAGGCGGCAGUGAUUCGGCAAGCCGUACCUUUGCUGACAAGUCAGAAGACGUGUGGGUUCGUCUUGAGGACUGUCCUGUUAACAAUCCACGCUCAUCCUCGUCCUGUUUAGCACGUUCUCCCACUGCCACCAAUGCUCCACCCGUAAUAGACAGCUCUGCUCCUACCAAGAUCCCUUCUUCCUCUUCCUCUUCCUCCUCAAACCUCAACCUGCGCCACAGUUGUGAGAGUCUGGAUGAUAAGCCGCUGCCCCCGCAGCAGCAGCGCAGUCAGCAGCGCAGUGGGGCUUUGGCAGCUCGGGUUAGCCCCUUUAAUUACACGCCCAGCCCCAGAAAAAGCAGUGCUGAUGUUGUUGUCACCACCACCACCACCACCUCCACGACAGCCACCACAACAUUAUCUACCACCCCCACACGACCCUCACUCAUUCCCACCCCUGUCACCAAAAAGCGUGAGCCAAAGGGUGGCGAUGGCAGUGGAGGAGGUGGAUCAGGGGGUGAACGUGGGUCCUACAUUGUGACAUCGGUGUGAAAGGAUCUGGACACAAAAAGGAGUAUGUGUAAAUAUAUUAAAAAAAAAAAAACACACACACUGAACCAUCAUUUACAAGAACAGUGUGUGAAGUUUCCUCUUUUCAGCUACAUUUCAGUCAAGCUCCUACAGAAAAGUGAACUUUUUAUGUUUUUAUAUCACUAAAGUCAUGUGUAGCGCUUAGUUCCUCCAGCUGUGACCCUGCAUGUCCCCCACACUUACCAUGCUGAAAGUGGUUAUGUUGGUAGCUUUAGAGUCUGAGUCGGUUCUGCUCCAAAUGAAAAUAAGUAUGUAUUUUUUAAAUGAGGUUUUGUUUUUUUACACAGUUUGAUGUGUUUUUACAUUUCUGCCAAAUUCCAUUUUAAAAUAUUUGGAAUUUCGUACAAAGUUGAACUGAACCACAAUGUCCUCAUGUUAAAAUUGACUUUUUGGUUCGAACCUGAGUAAGUGAUCCCGUUUGUUUUUGUACUAACCGAUCUAUUGCUUUUUUAGGAAUGCAUUAAAAAGACAUUUUAAUUAGUUUUAAAUGUUGUAAAUUACAGUCUGAUGGAUGUAAAGUAACUUCACUCACACUAACUGCUUUUAUUCGUGAGGGAAAUUUAAUUUAACUGGAAACACUUUGAAAACCCAAGUAACCUGAUAACGUUGCUCUCUGCGUCGCCUUGGAAACAAAUAACACUGUAAAAUGUAAGUUAUUGCUGUAAAUCCAUUUAACUUUGAAGCACAUAAUUUAAAACUAGAUGACUUUUGCCAGAACAGUUUUAUUCAUGGCUGUGAGUUAUGAUUUUUACUGUUUAUGCUGGUUGAAAAAGGCAAAAACUUUGGUGAUAUAACUGAAGAAUAAAAUUCUACAUUUAGAUGAAAA